UGUUAAAUAUAAAAGAAUCAUAAAUUAAAUCACAGAUGCGACUCAAAUUUUCAAAAGAGUUUUUAUAAGCAGUGUUUGGAUUCAUUAGCUAUAAAUUUAACUAUAAAACUGCUAUCUAUGCGCAGUCUGACGGCUCAAAAUGGUUUAAAUUGAGCCGACAUGGAGUCAAGUUCCGGUUACCGUUAUUCGAGAUCCGGGUAUAUAUCGUCGUCCAAUUACCGGUCGACACUCGGAGGAACCUCAUCAUCGGUAAGUCCGUCGAGCUACUCCAACAGGACAUCCACGACUACAGCCGACUUUGUUCUGAGUCGAGGAGCUGCUGGAAGUUCUGGUCGGUCGGGGUCAAAUGGUCCUCAUUUGAGGUCUUUCACUACCAUCGGUUCCAGUCCUGUUAAUGAACAUGAUGGUUAUUCCACUGCGGCUUCGAGCGGUUAUCAGAGACGUUAUGGGGAUAGAACUCGACGUUCGGAAUACCACACUGGACUGGAUUCUCAGAAACCAACCGGCGAUGACGAUGGAACCCAGGUAUCCGGACCUACUUCCAGGUACCGCACUGGAGCGGCGUCGAGGAGGAUAAAUCGAGAUAGAGAAAAUCGAGACAGGGAGAACCGAGACAAUUUGAAGUCGCCCAAUCGGAUGACUUCUCCGCCUUCGGGGGAGGGGAGGACAGCGAGGAAUUACAGAGAACGGUCGCCGUUUUAUCCAUCAGACAGGAGUCCUAACUCCUCUCGACCGGAGAGUCUCAAAAUCCAGUCUCCGGAACCCACCUAUGAGUCAUCCUCCAUCGCGUCAUCAGCAACACCGGCCGACAGUGGGUACAACCCCUCAAGCGGGUCACAUGGGGGAGAUAACAGGAGUGGGGGAGGGGGUGGUCUGUGGAAUAAACUGGAAGAGGGGAUGCCUACGCCUCAAUCUGCGUCUGGUCAUAACCAAGGGGGUCCGGGGACAUUUCUGUUCGGCGGAAAAGUGGCGCCCCCAAAAUCUCAGAGACACCAAGAGUAUGAUGAGGAGGAUCCGAGACAGAAGAGGGAAAGAGAGAGGGGGGAGAGAGACCCCACAGAACAGGAGGCGGCCGAGGCUGCCAUGAACAGCAUGACCUCCAUCAAAAAGGAAUUGGAGAAGAAAAUCAGCGAGCUGGAGGCGGAGAGAAAUGACGUGGCCAAGGCUGGUCUGAAUAAGUACAAACAGCGGCUGCUGGACGAGCGAAUCAACGAGAUGGACGCUCAACUGAAGACACUUCAUCUUUCUCAUUCCGCCCUGCAAUCGGCCGCAUGGAAAAGCGAACAGGUGGUAGAGCACACAAGUCAAGCGAUUCGGAUGAUGGAGCACGACACCACUUCGUUCGAGAAGGUCAAAGAGGUCAUGACCAAAGAGAUCACAGUGCUCAAAGAAGCACUCCGACUCAGCAAGGCUCGUGUUGAGAAAUUGGAGAAUGACGUCACAGUUGCGGAGAACGGAGCUCGGAAUGUGGACAAUUUACAAGACAAGUUGGCAGCUGCUCAGACUGAAAAAGACAAGGCGGUCAUGAGGGCUGAACGACUGAACAACGAAGCGAAAAAACUCAGCGACGAAGUGAAAACUCUGAAGAAGUCUGAGCUUGAAGCUAACCAGAAACUGGCACAAUUUCGAGAUGCAAUAGAGGGCAAAAGAAACGAAGUGAACAAAACGAGGAAUGAACUACGAAACGUCGAGUCGGAAAACGAUCAAAUAAAACAGCAAAACGAGGAACUUAUUAACAAAUUGGAAACUAUGGAAACAGAAUUGAAACACAGUCGGGAGUUGCUUAACGACAAAGAACUUGCCUUGCACCAAUCAGAAAAAUAUGCCAAAGAGUUGAAAAAGAAAGCGACCGAAGUGGAGAGCAGUUCUAAACUGGUGGACGACUACGAGGAGAGGCUGAGCAGGGCUGAGAUGGCUAUUGAGGAGAGGGAGGAGCAAGUGAGACAGUUGAGACAGCAGCUGAACAAGAAGAGCAACUAUUUCCACAACCUCACUCAAGAACAGGAGAAAAACAAGAGGUUAGAAAAUGACGUGGAACAACUGAGGCAAAUGGUGGCGGAAAAAGACGAGAUGUUGAGUUUACUUGAGUUCCAAAAGAGCAUCUUAGUCAAAAGUUCACACCUUGGAAAAAUAACAGAGCCUUUUGAAGCCCAGAUUGACCAUCUAAUGGCAGAGUUGUCCCUGGCCAAUGACAAAAUGCAGGAAUUGGAGAGGAUACGGGACAAAUUAGUCCAAGAAAAAGUAGACAUGGUGUCUGGCGCGAGUAUUCCAUUCGUCGGUGAGUUGAUGCACUACAAACAAGCAAACAACAAUCUCAACAACUCACAAGUGAACAAAUGUGAAAAGUGUGCCUAUUGGAGAGACAAGCAUGAUCAACUAAGGAGUAUCAACUCGGAUCUGAAUGAACAGUUGUCUCAAUUGGGAACUCAGCACAACUCACUCAAAGAUGUGGUCAGAUCUGUCACGCCAUACGUCGAGAAAGCCAGCUCCGAAACUGCCGACAUUCUGGGCGAGCUGGACACACUCCGAAGACAAAUGGGAGACAAAGACAGCGAAUUACUGGAGGCCAAACGAGCCGUGAAUGCUCUGCAAGACCAGGUCAAGUACAUGAGAGGUCAGAUGAACCCCGACAACCCCGUAAAUGAAGACCAGGCAGGAGGUUCAAAUGGUAACGUGUCCUUCUCUGAAUGGAAACCACUGGUUGAAGACUGGGUCACAAACUACGAAGUGCUGAAGCAGAAAACUGAAGGCCCAGAAACACUACUUCCAACAGAUUGCAGCGCUGCGCGUGGAGGAGGCGGAUGUCAGCAGGUGUUUCGGGGGUGGUAA